ACCGCUAGUUGUGGGACACCAUCACCGAACCUCUAAACCCCCAAAACCCCAACUGCUGCGACCCGAGCCAACCCUUCUGCUUUGGUUGUUCAUAUCAUUGCGCCGCUCUCCCUCGCUCUCUUCAUCAACCUUCUUUCCUUCAUGCUUUGUAUGAGGAUUUAAGAUGAACGCUUUAAGGGCUCUGAGAAUAGCCACGACGAUUUCUGCUCGAUCCCACCAGACUUUCCUCAUAAAUCCAUUGUUUUCCCAUCGAUGUUACUCUGCCCAACCUGAGCAAGACGAUUCGAAUCACAACCCUACUUUCUCGGACACUGAAAAUGCCCCGGAUUCUGUAUUCGAUAGUUCGCAGUUCACUAUUCCAAACAUGGAUUCGUGUACUAAAACUGAGUCUCACUCCCCUGCAGAAUCCACUUGGGAUAAAAAAUAUAGGGCAAGAGCCGACAAACUGAUAUUUGGGGAAGAAUCCGAGGGAGUAAAAUACAAGAUAAUGGAGGAGGAGGAGGAAAGGAGACGGAGAGUGCUUGCCAAGGCUCUGCUUGAGGCGGCGUUGGAAACUGCUGACGAUCAGGAAGAAGAUGACGAGAGAACGGUGAAGGAGGAGGACCAGAAGUCCUUGGCUGUUGGGAUAAUUGGAGCACCAAACGCUGGCAAGUCCGCGUUGACAAACUUUAUGGUUCGUGGGAACUAAAGUUGNGUUUCACGGAAGACAAAUACCACUACUCACGAAGUCCUAGGAAUAAUGACCAAAGGAAAUACCCAAAUUUGUUUCUUCGACACACCAGGGCUCAUGUUAAAGAGUAAGGGACUUCCUUAUAAAGAUAUGAAAGUGCGUGUGCAAAGUGCUUGGAGUUCAGUUCAACUUUAUGAUGUGUUGAUAGUUAUUUUUGACGUCCAUAGACAUCUUACAAGGCCUGAUUCAAGGGUGGUAGGAUUAAUCAAACGAAUGGGAGCUUCAUCACAACCAAAGCAGAAGCGAAUAUUAUGUAUGAACAAAGUUGAUUUAGUCGAAAACAAGAAAGACUUGUUAACAGUUGCAGAACAAUUUAAAGAUCUUCCCGGAUACGAAAGGUACUUCAUGAUCUCAGGGCUAAAGGGAGCUGGAGUAAAAGAUCUUUCAAAAUACUUAAUAGAACAGGCAGUCAAAAGACCUUGGGAUGAAGAUCCAUACACUAUGAAUGAAGAAAUGAUGAAGAACAUAUCACUUGAAGUUGUUCGGGAGCGGUUGUUAGACCAUGUGCAUCAGGAAAUUCCUUAUGGAAUCGAACAUCGCCUGGUUGAUUGGAAAGAAUUUCGAGACGGUUCUCUUAGGAUUGAGCAACACUUGAUCACUAAUAAACCAAGUCAGCGCAAAAUUCUUGUGGGAAAAAAUGGCUGCAAAAUUGGGAGAAUAGGUAUUGAAGCAAAUGAAGAGCUAAGGUCUAUCUUCAAGAAACAAGUGCAUCUCAUCCUCCAAGUUAGACUUAAAUGAUGCAUCUGUCUAUCUAUAGUUCCCCUAUGUUCAUAUAGAGAAUUGUUUGUCGGUUAUCUUAGAAAUGCAGAUAUCUUCCCCGCUAUAAUUUAUAGUGGACGUGAAGAUGAAGGCUUCAGAGCUUGGAAUCAGUUUAUUAUUUUUAAAAGGGUUGAAAUGCAUUUUGAUGAAGAGAAGAAUUUGACAUCGUGCAUGAAGCCCAUGAGAAGUGAGAGCGAGAAUUAAGAACUUUUUUGGAAGGUUAUCGCUUUCAAUCUACAAUUCUAGUUUUGUUUUUCAUAA